AUGUCUAUGGAGCCUUAAACUUCUGUGGUUGUCAGGCAGUUUAAGUAGGCACCCGUUAUCCUGCUGCCCAUCCACUCUGACACCCUAAGCCAGCGACUGAGCCACCGUUCACCUGCAGACCCACCGGCUCACACCGCCUCUUCAUCUACUCUUCAGGUCGCCCUUCUCCGCAGCGAGCAUGGAGGAUUCCUCGGAGCAGUCCCACUGGGGGUCCCCGGCCCUGCUCAGCUCAGACUCCCUGGGGGUCUUCAGCUCGGACACGGGGCUCCUUUCCUCGGUGGAGGAGGGGGACGCCUUCUUCUCCAACCCAGAGGUGGACUACAGCGGCCUGCCCUCCUACUUCUCCAACCCCCCCCACAGCAGAGCCCCGUCGGCCUACAGGAACAGCACGGUUCGUCAGCUGUACAUGUCGCCGUCGCUGCAGAGCAACCUCCAGUGGGUGGAAGGACCGGCCAACCACUCCAUGGGCUCCCCCUACAACCCCCCCACCCCCAGCUGGAGCAACAGCCCCCUGUCCAAGACCCCCCUCCUCCAGCCCACCCCCACCUCCCCCUACACCCCCAUCUCCACCGCCGCCGCCGCCGCCGCCGCCGCGUCCUCCUACGCCUCCCCCAGGGACGGCUACAUGUCCACGGGCCGGGAGGGCAAGGAGAGCCCCUCGGGGCUCCAGGAGGCCCUGAAGGCGGAGAGGCUCAGCCCCACGGGGGGCGCCGCCGCCGGCAGCAGCUUCCUCAACCUGACCUCCGUGGCGGGGGGCAUGUACAGCCCGUCCCCCAACUCCCACCCCCACAUGCUGAGCCCCUACGGCUCGUACAUGGGCUCCACGCAGGACUACAGCGCCGCCGGCCUCUACUGCAGCCCUGGAGGCUGGAUGGGCCCUGGCUCCUACUCCCCCAAGCUCCGCAACAAGAUGAGGCUAUCCCCGCCAGAGGCCCGGGAGUGCGUCAACUGUGGAGCCACCGCCACCCCGCUAUGGCGCCGGGAUGGUACGGGCCACUACUUGUGUAACGCCUGCGGACUGUACCAUAAGAUGAAUGGCCAGAACAGACCUCUGAUCCGCCCCAAGAAGCGACUGAUCGUGAGCAAACGAGCCGGUACGCUGUGUGCCAACUGUCACACCAGCACCACCACGCUAUGGCGGCGCAACGCCAGUGGGGAGCCCGUGUGCAACGCCUGCGGACUCUACUUCAAGCUGCACAACGUCAACCGGCCGCUCACCAUGAAGAAGGACGGCAUCCAGACGCGCAACCGCAAGGUGUCCAACAAGAACAAGAAGAGCAAGAAGAACCUGGGCCAGCCGGCAUCGUACCCAGACAUGAUGCAGCCGCUGGAGGACAACUGCGGGCCCUUCUCCCUGGGGCCCGGCUCCAUGCUGUCCUACGGCCACACGGCCCACCUGAUCCCCACAGCUCCCCACGGCCUGCACUCCUCCGCCCCCAUGUCCUACACGCACUACCCCAGCGCUGGCAUGGUGCCCGUGGGAGGGCUAGGUGUGGGACUGGGCUAGGGUGUGGUCACACCUGCGUGUCGCAACAACAGUGGUGAUUGAUGUAUAGGAUUUCUGUCUGGCUGUUUGUAUGUAUGUAUGUAUGUGUCCACAGUUCUGCACUAGAAUAGAAGGUUGUUUUAUUUUCUAUUUGUUUUUCACUGUAUUUCAGGCCAAGUUGGGGCAUAUUAGAAGGAGUAUGUCAGGUUUUGUUAUAAGGUCAAUACAAUGUUUUUCACAUCUGGUUCAUUCAGGUGCUAAUGGACAAAAUUAUAUUUCCAACAGAAUUGUGUAUCCAUGACAACAAUGUGUUUUUUUUUGUUCAGUUUUACACCUGUAAUUUUUAUAUUGCAGAAUAUGUAACGUUGGUGUAGUCCAAUUUUGCAGAUAUUAAAGCAUGUGUAUUGUCUGAUAUGUUGUUUGUUUAUGGUUUGUUGGUUUGAGUCAAUUCAGUCAAAUUAAAACAAGCACUGGGCAUUUGUUACUUAC